CGGGCCGUGAGCGCCAUGGCCGUGGCCCCCGCGGGUGGCCCGUGCGCGCCGGCGCUGGAGGCCCUGCUCGGGGCCGGCGCGCUGAGGUUGCUCGACUCCUCGCAGAUCGUCAUCAUCUCGGCGGCGCAGGACGCUAGCGCCCCGCCAGCCGUCGCCGGCCCUGCGGUACCCGUCACCGGCCCCCGCGACCCCGACGUGCUGCUCUUCGCCACGCCGCAGGCGCCCAGGCCCGCAGCCAGCGCGCCGCGCCCGGCUCUCGGCCGUCCGCCGGUGAAGCGGAGACUGGACCUGGAAACUGACCAUCAGUACCUGGCUGAGAGCAGCACCCCAUUCCGGGGCAGAGGCCGCCACCAUGGGAAAGGUGUGAAGUCCCCAGGGGAGAAGUCACGCUAUGAGACCUCGCUCAAUCUGACCACCAAACGCUUCCUGGAGUUGCUGAGCCGCUCAGCUGAUGGUGUUGUUGAUCUGAACUGGGCUGCUGAGGUGCUGAAGGUGCAGAAGCGGCGCAUCUAUGACAUCACCAACGUCCUUGAGGGCAUCCAGCUCAUUGCCAAGAAGUCCAAGAACCAUAUUCAGUGGCUAGGCAGCCACACCGUGGUGGGGAUCAGCAAGCGGCUUGAAGGCUUGACCCAGGACCUCCAGCAGCUGCAGGAGAGCGAGCAGCAGCUAGAUCGCCUGAUGCACAUCUGCAGCACGCAGCUGCGGCUGCUUUCUGAGGACUCUGACAGCCAGCGUCUGGCCUACGUGACCUGCCAGGACCUUCGUAGCAUUGCAGAUCCUGCCGAACAGAUGGUCAUGGUGAUCAAGGCCCCUCCUGAGACCCAACUCCAAGCUGUGGACUCCGAGGAGACAUUCCAAAUCUCCCUUAAGAGCAAACAAGGCCCCAUUGAUGUUUUCCUGUGCCCUGAGGAGAGUGGAGGGGGGCUCAGCCCUGAAAAGACCCCAUCCCAGGAGGCAUCCUCCGGGGAGGAGGACAGAGCGGCCGAGCCUGCCAUUGCUGUGUCUCCGCCUUCGUCUCCCCCUGCCUCCUUCACCCUGGAUCCCAGCCAGUCCCUGCUCACCCUGGAGCAAGAGCCAGUGCUGUCACGCAUGAGUGGCCUGCGGGCCCCUGUGGAGGAGGAUCGCCUGUCCCCGCUGGUAGCUGCUGACUCGCUCCUGGAGCACCACGCGAGGGAAGACUUCUCCGGGCUCCUCCCUGACGAGUUCAUCAGCCUCUCCCCUCCUCACGAGACUCUUGACUACCACUUCGGCCUUGAGGAGGGUGAGGGCAUCAGAGAUCUCUUUGACUGUGACUUUGGGGACCUGACUCCUCUGGAUUUCUGAUUAGAGCUGGGGAGGGUGGGGGCAGGGUCUCCUGAGAUGCCCACCCUGUCUCUGCAGCCUUGGAGUCCCUUGCCCCCUGGCCGUCCUUCCAGCCUGAUCGGAAAAGUGUAAUUUAUACCCUCCUAUCUCCAGUAGCUUCUGGCUCUGGGGUUUGGCCACCAUCAGGAGGUUGAGUAGGCCAAGAAGGGAAGGAUUCUGUUUGUGGUCUGUGUGUGUGUGUGUGUGUGUGUGUGUGUGAAUGCACCCAACACCCCACACACGUGUGUGCCAGGGGUGAGUGGUGUGUGAGCAUGUGUGUGUGCAUGUACCGGGGAAUGAAGGUGAACACAUCUGUGUGUGCACUGCAGACACGUCCUGGUGUGUCCACGUGUGUGCAUGAGUCCGUGUGUGCGCAUGGGGGGGGCUCUAACUGCACUUUCGGUCUCCUUGCUCCAGGGGUCCCAUGAGGCACAGGGUGGCCGCCUGCUCCCAGAGCCCUGUGUGCUGGCCAGGCCAAGUGGGGAGACUUGACUGACUGGGUUUGCAGGGCAGCAAGAGCACUUCUUAAAGGUUUUCCGAUUGAAGCUUUAAUGGCGCGUUAUUUAUUUAUUGAGGCCUCUGCCAAGCCUGGGGAAGAAGCAAAGUGUGGGAGGAAUGUGGGGCUCAUACCCCAACUUCCUGUACGCUUGAGCAAGGGCAGGAUUCCCAAGUUAUUCUUUUGCCCCACCCGGAGGAAGCUGAGGCCUGAGCAGUUUAUUUAUUGGGAAAGCAAUGGGGGGAGACAAGACUGACGCCAUGGGUGGGUAGAGGGGUGAUACCUUUCCAGAGGGUCCACCAGGGCCCCAGCUGCCCCCCAGGAUGGAGAUGAGAGGUGAGUGGGGACCUUCACUGAUAGGGUGGGCAGGAGGGGUGGUUGAAGGGCUCCCCAGCCCAGUCUGAGUCCCCCCCCCAUCGCCCCACCCUCCAAUCUGCACUUUGAUUUGUUUAACAGCUCUGUUCCC